AUGUCUGAAGAACUCAAGCCGAGCGUCCGCAUAUGCGGCAGUGAAGGCUCUUGUCGUAGUCUCGAUGGUGACGUCGCUAACAUCCUCGCCAUGGCUCAAGCAGCCAUCGAAAUGCUCGACAUUGAGCACACGGAGUCUGGCUUUACGGAAACAGGCGAGUUCAAGGCCUACGUGGAGCCGACCAAUCGCGAGAUCAUGGCUUACGCGGCGUUCGAGCGCGUCGCAAAAAUCGCCAUGAACGCCUUGCACAAGUGCUAGACGCCGCGUUCGCCCAACGAAUUGUGCCGGUUUUCUUCAAACAAGUGUUGUUCAAUAAACAAAUUUUCUUGUUGCCAUAA